ACCCAAAAUUUUCAGCAAUAACUGUGGCUUUGGCUCAAUUCACUGUUUUCGGUUAGACAACCAGAAACUUUCGCUGUGGUGUUUGGAACAUAGCAGCAUGAUCUUUGGACCGCAGAUAAGUGUACCAGUAAAGAAAUGUAGUCUUUACAAAGUAGCCACAGACCAUAGAACCAUAAAACUGAAAUCACUGGUACUUAUCAUACUUAAGAUAAUAUGUUCUGGUGUGAAAAUUGAUUUGUGACUGCGUAAUAACAGUGGAUCCCACUUAAUAUCGUACCGUUUAAUAGAAUACCCCGUUUAUAAUCAUACAAACCUGAAAUCCAAAACCAUUUUCAAUGCUUUCCCUCGCAUUGUUUUAUAGAAUAUGGAUAAUGUCAUACCCCGCCAAUUAACCACAGAAAAAUUGAGCAAUUUUGGUUCUAGCCCUGGUAAUCAUUAUGUGCAUACGUAAUUAUUAGACAUUCAACAACCUUGGGCUGGAGUUUUGUAACUCUCAAUUCUCCACCUGGCUCCAUUAGCUUAUGUAAACAGCUAGGUUAGCUUAUCUUGAUUAGCUUAGCUAAAGAAACUGCAUUGUGCGCUAUCUCGGUCACAGUAUACAUCAGUAUACACAGUAUAAGCAUGCACCCUCAUCGAGUAUCCCCCAUAAUAUUAUAUAUAUUUUUUGGAUGCAGGGUGGGUAUGAUAUUAACGGGGACCCACUGUACUUUAUUCACAAUCAGACAAGGACAUCAGUGUUCACUUAAUCCUGCUCCAACUGAGGACUGUACAGUUGUGUUGGCGUGCUCUGGGUGAGGCUGCUGGACUGGAGAGGGAGACUAUGGACAUGGUGGGUGUGACCUUAUAAUGUAUAUAAUAUACACACCAACAGAGCACCACUACUUCAGUUGGUAGAACACUCACCUAGAAUGCAGUGCCGUAGCUUCGAAUCACACCAAGGGCAGUUCCAGAAAGAGCUAUCCUGGGUGUAGUUGACUUGUCUGCUCUCACUUGCCUUUCUACCUCGUUGAUGACAGUUUCAUUACAGUGGAUGGAAUGUAGCUAGCUGAUUGUGAACAUGGUAGAGCAAUAAUCUGUUUUGCACAUUAAUGUGGAGUUGGGUGAUGACAGUACCAAGCUUGCAGAAGUGGUGUUUCGGUGGUAUGAGAGAAAGGAGUGUGUGAGGUGGUCAGAUGUGUCCUCUCUCUGUGAGCAGAUUGGUUUCAACCAGCUAUCCGAGGCCAUUAGCACUGCUUACAUCACCGGGGCUCUCCCAGUCAAAGAUGAUCCAGAGGUGGAGCUCCCAAUCUCAGACAAGACUCCUGCCCCAAUUCUGCCCCCACGCAGAGCCACAUCGGGUGAUAACGAAGGGGCUCCAGCCAUCCCCCCACACAGGCACUCGAUCUGUGAUAAUGAAGGAGCCCCAGCCGUCCUUCCGCACAGCCACAGACUUGGAGUUGCCUAUAACGAGGAAGAUGCAGCUAUUUCUCUAGAGAGGACCGAGAUUGAUUGUGAUGAAGGGACUCCCCACCUCCUCCACUUUCCUCCUCCCCUAGCCCCUGAGGAUAAGAUUUUUGAUUACUACUGAAAUAGAUUUACUUUUAUUCAUUAGUUUUAGUCAUACAGGAAUAAAUGACUGCAGCAUUAGUUGUUCAUUAAUUUUUUGUUGUUUUAUGGCUUUUGGUGCAUACGUGUUUUAUGAAAUUUUCGUCUAAUCUG